AAGUUGAUUAAUUCAAAAGUUGACUGUUGAGGACCUGUCAUAAUAUUGACUUAUAAACUAAAGCCUUCAGAAAAGGCCAAACACGUCAUAAUGACAACAACCCCAGGGGGAUUUCAGGCAGGCACUGCCGUUGUCCCCGCUACCCAGGUGGAAAUCAGUGUACAGUGCAGAAACUUAGCAGACUUGGAUGUUUUUUCCAAAUCAGACCCAAUGUGUGUUUUGUUCAUGAAAGAUAUAAAAACCAACUCAUACUAUGAGGUUGGAAGAACAGAGACCAUUGAUAACCAGCUCAAUCCAAACUUUGCCAAGAAAUUUACACUUACCUACCUCUUUGAAGAAUUACAGAGCAUUAAAUUUGAAAUCUAUGAUGUAGAUUCUCCUUCUCAUAAUUUGAAAAAUCAUGAUUUUAUUGGAAGGAUGGAGUGUAGCCUUGGAGAAAUUGUUGGGGCACCUGGAGGAAAAUUAGAAAAGCCUUUGCAGGGUUCUAGGAAAAAGAAUGGGACAAUAAUAGUCAGAGGAGAAGAGCUUAGCAAUUGCAAGGAGGAGAUAACUCUUCAUUUCCGAGCCAGUCAUCUGGAUAAGAAGGAUUUCUUCGGAAAAUCUGACCCUUAUUUACAGUUAUCCCGAGUAAAUGAAGAUGGCAGCUACACUGUGGUACAUAGAACAGAAGUCAUCAUGAAGACAUUAAAUCCUACGUGGAAACCUUUUACAAUCAUGUCCAGGGCAUUGUGUAAUGGAGAUUAUGACAGGAGCAUUAAGUUUGAAUGUUAUGACUGGGACAAAGAUGGAGGGCAUGAUUUAAUUGGAGAAUUUACAACAAAUCUACGAGAAUUGUCAAGGGGUCCUUGUUCUUCUAAUGUUUUUCUGGUUAUACACCCAAAGAAACAGGCAAAGAAAAAGAAAUAUAAAGAUUCAGGGGAGGUGCUAUUAUUGAGUUAUAAAUCAGAGCAGAUCUUUUCCUUUCUGGAUUACAUACAGAGUGGUAGCACUGAAAUGAACUUCACAGUAGCUAUAGAUUUCACUGCUUCUAAUGGAAACCCGUCUUCCCCCUCAUCUCUGCAUUACCUGAACCCGUAUGGAACUCCAAACCAAUAUGCUGCGGCUAUUCAAGCAGUGGGGAACAUCAUCCAGGACUAUGAUAGUGACAAACUGUUCCCUGCCCUAGGAUUUGGAGCAAGAAUGAGUGAUGGCUCUGUCCACCAUGAAUUUGCAUUGAAUUUUAACCCUUCAAACCCGUUCUGUCAGGGAGUGGAGGGAGUCCUACAGGCGUACUACAACUCACUGAAGAACGUCCAACUGUACGGUCCCACUAACUUCUCCCCCGUCAUUAAUCAUGUGGCCAGAUUUGCCCAGGCUAUACAAGAUGGCAGUCAGUAUUUUGUUUUGCUAAUCAUCACUGAUGGGGUGAUCACAGACAUGCAGCAAACACAACAGGCUAUUGUUAAUGCUUCGAGACUUCCUAUGUCCAUUAUCAUUGUUGGAGUGGGUGAUGCUGACUUUACUGCUAUGAAUAUUUUGGAUGGAGAUGAUGUCAGAUUAUCUUACAAUGGGGUGUAUGCAGAGAGAGACAUUGUACAGUUUGUUCCAUUUAAUGAUUUCCUAAAUCGUGGUAACAUGGUGCUGAGUCAAGCAGCCCUAGCUAAAGAAGUUCUGGCAGAAAUACCUGAUCAGUUUAUGUCUUACAUGAAAAAACACAAUGUUAAACCCAGGAUAUCCGCUACAGCGCCCUCUUAGACUGUCCUUUUCUUACAGAACAUAUCAUUAUAGAGACAGACUUCAACAGUGCAUAAUUCUAUUUUAAUUUUUAUUAAUGUGUUAAUAUAUAGGUAAAAUAUUAAAGACGUACAGGUAUCCUGAAAAGCAAAAAACCCACAGUUUUGCCUAUUAAAGUUCAUUAGUAAUAAGUGGUAAUAAAGUAAAUUUUAAUCAUAGUAAAUUUGUGUUUUAUGCCCUUGGCAAUUAUUGAUUUUAGAUUUGCUAGGGACCUAAUAUAUACAUCCCUGAUUUUCCAGGUGGUUUUUACAUUUACAAGUAUUAAUUCAUGUUAAUCUGUUGAACAUUGCAUUAAUUCUCCUAGAUUUUGACAAGAAAUUCCAGGUAUAUGUGUAUUAGAUACAUUUUCUGUAUUGAGCUGUUAAUUUCGACCAUGUGAACAAAAUAAUACAUGUAGAACUUUGAUUUUUUGAAACCACCCAUUAUGUCCUUCAAAGUUGUGCAGCUUCAAUUUUAAUUAAAGCCUACAUAUAAAUGGAGCUUCUUAAAGGAAAAUUGAUAUCUGCUGUACUACUAAGUUCGACCUUACUCUAGAUUUCUUUAAACAUUCUUAGUGUGCAAUAUUCAUUUUGAAGACUUGAGAUACAUGUAGGUGAUUCUGUUUGUAUGUUGGUUUUAUAGAAAUCAUUUCAAGUGAAGACUAUUAUAUUUUUUACACUUUUUUUUUUUUUUUUUUUUUUUACAUUUUUCUGUAAUUUUAUGCAGUAAUUUUUUAUGUACUAAUUUGUCAGAUAUUUUUCAUGUUUGAUUCUUCAUUGUCACUCAGUACCUUGAAUAGGCUUCCUAAUCCUGAUAGCAAUAUAAAAACUAGCUACAGUUUGGAUAUCCAUUUACACUGCUUCCAUUUGGAUAUCCAUUGAAUUUAAACUGGCUAUAGCUUGGAUAUUCAUUGAAUUUAAAUUGGCUAUAGUUUAGAAAUCCAUUGAAUUUAAACUGGCUAUACAUGUAGUUUGGAUAUUCAUUGAAUUUAAACUGGCUAUACAUGUAGUUUGGAUAUUCAUUGAAUUUAAACUGGCUAUAGUUUUGAUAUCUAUUGACUUUAAACUGGCUACAGUUUGGAUAUCCUUUGACUUUAAUUUGAAGUGGCUACAGUUUGGAUAGCUAUAGACUUUAAAUUGAAGUAGCUAAAAUGUAGGCAACUGGCAAAAGUGUGGAUAUCCAUCAACUAUGAACUGGCUACACAUUAAAUAUCCCUUAACUUUGAAAUACCUACAAUGGUAGAAAUCCAUUGUCUUUGAAUUAUAUCCAUUAAUUGACUUUGAACAGGCUACAUUUUGCAUAUCUAUUGACUUGAACUUACUAUCUUUUGGAUAUCCAUUGACACUGAACCUGGCUACAAUGUAAACAUCCAUCAACUUUGAAAUGACUUCAAAAUAGAGUGGAUGUGAACUCAAUAUCCACUUUAUUUUCUUUUUAAUAAAUGCUCAAUAUAUUCAGAUGUAAUAUUUUCAUUAAUUUGUACAUAUUGAUAUCAACAUAGUAAUUAUUGUUUUGUGCCCUUUUCACUGGGGUCACUUUUUUUCCAGAGAUACCAGCAAUAUGAUUUUAGAUUCAGAUGUUUAGUUUUUAGCUGAUUUAGCUUUACAUGCAUCUUGAAGUUUGUAGAAUGUACAUUGUAUGUAUUUUAGUCCAUUUUAUUAGAAAAUUGAUGUUCAUGAAAUGUAGUCUUUAUGCUAAUACUGAUGUUAGUAUUAAGAGGGCUGGGUGGUUGUGGCCAAUUUCAGACUAUAUUUAUCUCCUUUAGAAGAAGAGCUCCAUAUAAAGAUAUACAAAAAUGAUCAAAUUUUAAAACUUGAAUGAAUGAAAUUUUUCUUUGCCAUAUGAUAGUUGACAGAUUAAGAUAUCAUAUCUAAAAAAAUAAGUUAUAUCUGCUGGUUAAUUUGUUGACCCCUCAGCCUCCUUAAUAUUAACUAUAUACUGGUGCAUGUUUUGAUGAUUUACAAGACUUGUUCACUAUAAAAAUGUAUUAUAUUAAAAGUUAUAGAACUGUAGAAUAUCUGUUAUC